GCCCUAAAACUAAAAACAUGGUAAUUACAUUACAAUUGGCCCUAAAACACAGAAAAUUCAAUACCCCACCCACAUUGAAGUAACGUCACUUCUAUUCAAACCUUUCUUCUGCUCUCUUAUUUUCUCUCUCCUCUAGUUCAUAUUCUCUCUCUAAAAAUCUGGAAAAAUCACAAUGGACAUAAGAGAUGAAAUGACAAAUCAGAAGGAUCAUCCAAAGAAGAGAAAAACAAAAAAUGCUUCAAAAUCUACUGGAAAUCAAGAAGAUAUGCCGCUAAAUAAAAUGUUUGGCACCAAAAAGAAGAAAGUGGCAAAGAGUCCUACUAUAGAUCCGAAAUUACUCAAUGAGAUUUCGAAACAAGUUGUUGAAGAAGAGGAAAAUCAAAACAACAGAGUUAACGAUGAAGUCGAACCACCAAAAGAAAGAGAAAAACAACCACAAGAACGAUCAAAAGAUACAAGAAAAGAAGGGGAAAAACAACCAGAAAAACCUUCUAAAGAAGCACAAAAGGUUCAAUCAAAAGCAACAGAGUUACCAAAAAAAAAGGGUGAAGCAUAUUGCAACAAAAAAGAAAUCAUCAAACAACUGUUCGGAAGCCUCCUCAAGCAAGAGUACAGCUAAAGAUCAACAGAACAAGCAAAACUCAAAGACACAAAAAAACAAUGAGAAAGAUGGAGGUGUGAAAGAGAAGGAAACUCUGAAAACUGAAAAAGUUAAGGUGGUGAAGGGGAAACAAAGUGAGAAAGUUGAUGGUGUAAAAAAUGAGAAAGCACAUAAAAAAAGAAAGAGAGAUGCAAAUGAAGAUGUACAUGAGGUGGUAAAUCUUGAUGAUGCUGAAGAUUUGGAUGAUUAUGGUAAGUUGCAAGUGAGGGUUGGGCAUUUCAAAUUCAUGACAUUUGCAUCAAAUUUGAGCCCUUCUCAAAAUCAAGCAAUUAUUGACAUGGGAUUUGGAGCUUUACUCGAUGUAAAUCUUCCACAAAAUGACCAAUCAUUUUCUGCUUGGCUUAUGCAUUGUUUCGAAGAGAAUAGCCGCACACUUUAUCUUCCGUACAACAAGUCUAUUGUUGUUUGUGAAGAAGAUGUUGAAGUUGUGUAUGGAAUCCCGAGAGGGGAGAAAGAAGUGAAGGAGGUAGAGGAUGAGGAACAAGAAGAGACUCCUUUGACUAGAUGGAGGAAAUAUUGGGGUGUUGUGUCUGGUAGCCCUAAAACACACAAUGUUCUGAAGAAAUAUGAGUCUGAGGAAGAAAAAGAGAAAAAGAUGGAAAUCAUGAAAGCAAAGAUGAACAAAAGGAAACUGGAAAUGAACACAGAACCUGCAAAAGUGAACAAUGGUGAAGUUGAUGAAAUCUUCAUUAUCGAUUUCAUUGUGUUGGCUGUAAAUUGCUUCAUGAAAAGCAGCCAAAGCAUACACUUGCACUACAAGUUUCUGUUCUCAAUUAAGAAUGUGUUUUAAAUCAAGGAAUACAAUUGGUGCAAGUAUGUCCUUGAUAGCUUAAUGGAUACAAGCAGUUCUUGGAAAUUGAAUCCGAAAGGGUUUUACAAAGGACCUUUGCCUUUUCUUCUGGUAUAUGCUAUUAUUUUCAUUUCCAUAUAUACUAUGUUCAUAUUUUUAUUAUAUUCAUUAUUUUUUUUUCAGUUGUUUUACUUUGAUCGCAUUCAAAAGAAAAGCAUCAUGCCACCAAGAACUCCUCCUAUCAUAUCUGUAUGGACAAAGGAUAUGGUGGUCGAAAGGAUGAAGUUGAAGAGCCAUGGAGUUGGAUUGGGUAAUAUUUUGCCUAGAGUUGAAAUCAAAAGGAAAACAACACAAGAAGAAUGUACUAAUAUACAAUGGCCAAGGGUUGAUUAGAAAAUUUACCUAUAUUAUUGAAUGUUUAUUUUUAAUCUAGUUUGAAUGCUUAUUUUUAAUCUAGUUUGUUAUCACACUAAUGAUCCCGGCCUUGAGAGGGAGAAGGCUGUGUGAUAGUGAUACUUCACAAAUAUUUAUUGUUAAUGCAACAUGAUCUGUUUGGAGGCCUUGAUAGAUA